AUGGAGACAUUAUACCACAUUCUUGGCUUGGAGUGGUUAGAUGGCAGGAGCAUUUUAAUGUUUUUUUGUAUUUUUCUGCUUUUGACUGACAUUUUGAAGACCAGAGUGCCAAAAAACUUUCCUCCCGGACCGUGGGCUCUUCCUUUUUUCGGCGAUGUUCAUCGCAUCAGACCUGACAGAAUUCACCUGCAGUUUAGAGAGUUUGCAGAGAAGUAUGGAAAAAUCUUCACCCUUCGACUCUUUGGUCAAAGAACUGUGGUCAUUAAUAGCUACAAGUUUGUGAAAGAAGCCCUGGUCCAGCGAGGAGAAGACUUCAUAGAUCGUCCCAGCAUACCAUCAUUUAUAGAUUUAUUUGGGAAUAAAGGUCUUGUGCGUUCAAAUGGUUAUCUGUGGAAGCAGCAGAGAAGAUUUGCUCUUCAUACGCUCAGAAACUUUGGUCUGGGCAAGAAGACCCUGGAGUUAUACAUCCAGCAGGAGUGCCAGUAUAUCUCAGAAGCUUUCACAGAACACCAAGGAAAGCCCUUUAAUGCCCAGCCACUGAUAAACAACGCUGUGUCAAACAUCAUCUGCUGUUUGGUGUUUGGGAAUCGAUUUGAUUACACUGACAAGCAGUACCAGUCCAUUAUUGGUAACUUCAGUGAAAUUUUGAGCUUACAGGGAACCACGUCAACACAGAUGUAUAACACAAUGCCCUGGCUGAUGAAGUGGCUGCCUGGACCUCAUAAGAAGAUGUUCACUAUGGUACAACAGAUAAAUGACUUCAUAGAAAUCAGUAUCAAAGAACACAAAGAAAACCUUAACCCAGCAUUACCAAGAGACUAUAUUGAUGCCUUUCUGAUAGAGAUGGGAAAGAAUGAGGACAAAGAUUCAAGUUUUGCUCUCAGCAGCUUAUUUGCUUGCACCAUGGACCUGUUUUUUGCUGGAACUGAAACUACUACCACAACUUUGUACUGGGGGCUGCUUUACAUGAUCUAUUACCCUGACAUACAAGAGAGAGUCCAGGCUGAGAUCGAUGCUGUGGUCGGUUCAUCCAGACAGCCCUCUAUGAGUGACAGAGAAAACAUGCCCUAUACUGAUGCUGUUAUUCAUGAGAUACAGAGAAUGGCCAACAUCAUCCCCCUCAACGUGGCUCGUAUGGCAACCAAGGACACUACAGUGGAUAAGUACACGAUCCCUAAGGGCACCAUGAUCCUGGCUACCCUGGACUCAGUCCUACGUGAUGAGUCGAUGUGGGAAACUCCGCAUUCUUUCAACCCUCAACACUUUCUGGACAGGGAUGGUAAAUUUCGCAAGAGAGACGCCUUCCUUCCAUUUUCUGCAGGUAAGCGUGUGUGUCUUGGAGAACAGCUGGCCCGGAUGGAGUUAUUUUUGUUUUUCACCUCCAUCCUUCAAAGGUUCUCUCUGUCACCACCUGCUGGAGAGCAGCCCAGUCUGGAGUUUCAGAUGGGAGGCACACGCCGUCCCAAACCUUACCGCCUCUGUGCUGUAACACGUUAAUCCAUCAACUAUCUUAACUUGAUGGUGUCUUUUUCUCGGCACAAUGAAUAACUGUCUUCCAUCAGCUCCUCCAGGGGGACACCAAAAAUUUGUAAAAAAUUCAGGAGAAAAGGAUAAAUUACAUUAUUUCACCACAUUCCAAUCAUGUGCAACUGAUGUACACAAUAAAAUCAAAUAAAUUCAAAUGACUUAUUUUUUUCAGUGUGAGGUUUUGGAAAUACAUCAGAAUAACAUAGACGCUGGUUUUUGUGAAGGCUGUUUGGAUUGAGGGUAACAAACUUUGAAGGUGUUCUGCACAGAAAUUGCACC